AUAAGAAGUAGAGAAAAGAAGAAACACAAGUUAUACGAAAAAAAUACGAGGAAUCUCGAUGUAAAGUCUCGAUCGCGAAUCCCAAAAAUAAUGGGUUGAACUUUUGGGUGGUGUCCUUUUCUUUUUGCACGUAGGAAAAGAAGCUAAAAUGGAAACUCGACGAAGCAAAGACUUUUGCGCUGAUUGCGUGACUUAACGAAAUAUAGAUUAGGAUCUGUGCAUUUUUACGUAUAAAAGAAAAGAAAAUCCAUAUAUUUGGUGACAAAGUUUUCGACGAGAUAACCCUUAACGUGUUGAAGAAUUUUGAAAAGUGUUACCAAUUCUUUGAAAAAAAUUGUUAAAUGAUCUCGCUCUUCAUCAACUUUCAGCCUUCGAUGCACAAGUUUAAAUACCUAGUAGCGUCUUAUCAAGUAGCAGUGUAAAUGCAAAUGCAAGAAACGCCGAAGCUGGGAAAGGACGGCCGCGAGAUAGACGGGGAGAUGUAAUAUCUGCGCGGGAACGAGAAAACAUUACUCAACGGAGGUUCAAGGACCUCGCGAAGUCGCGAGGAAGACGAGACAAGACGGUUGUUGCAAUUCCGAGCGAGUUUGUUACACCAAAAUCGAUUAUCGAUUGCACUAGGUCGAUUAUCCCUAGAUCGAUUUUACUAGAUAUCAUCGGAUAUUCGAUAUCUUACGGGACACAAGAAUCAAUCGAAGAAUCUUUAUUAAGAAAGAAAAAUGUAAUUUCUCACGGUUGUUGCAGUUCCGAGCGAGUUUGUUACACCGAAAUCGAUUAUCGAUUGCACUAGAUCGAUUAUCCCUAGAUCGAUUUUACUAGAUAUCAUUGGAUAUCUGAUAUCUUAUGGAAUGCAAGAAUAAAUCGCUUCAUUCAGAAAAGUAUAAUUUUUCAGAACCCAAAUCUGAUGAAAUGUUGAAUGAAUAAACAAACUGCCAGAUAUCUUUUUCACGAAACUCAUAAAGUAGACAAUAAAAUAGUCUCACUGAUGACACAUUCUGCGAAUUUUGUUUGUUCAACCUGUGCCAGGUGCCGAUCAAUGUUCUCCUCGACAAAGAACAUCUUAUAUACGAAAGAUAUUCCCCGAUCGAAGUAACGUUACACCAGGUUGGGGUGCGCGAGUAACGAAGGAAAGUUCAACCGAUGAGGGAAGUUGGACGAACACAAGUUUCAAAGUAUCGAGAAGCGCCUAGUAAUUCAUCGAGCUUAUUAAAAGUGAUAGCUGCCUUAUUAUACCUUCUACCAAGAGAACAAGUUCCGUCGUAUCAAUAUAGAUAAUAUACAUCCGGAGCGAAGAGUUGGGACACGUACGAGAUUCGUGAAGUGGGCAAUUGAGUCGCGCAACCAGGAAUUUUCUAUAUAACAAAGUGGCCCCGUCCAAGGAUCCAUGAAUGCUGAAUGCAUCGUCGCCAGGCAAGUGUGACGUCGACGAUCGUCCGAUGCCCGUACAAUGGACGUUUUCAAACUCGAUCAGUCGCUGAGCGCGGGUUUGGGCAGCGCCCCGGCGCCGGACACCCUCACGCCGGAAGUGUCGUUCGACGCCGGCAGUGAGUUCAACCUGAGCUUCUUCGACGGCCCGGAGGAGAACAACAGCACCCAGGGCUUCAGCGAUCCCGGCUCCGUGGGUAGCACCAGCGCCUCGCCGCCCCCGGGUACACCUGGAAGCUCCUCGGUCCCUCCCACUCCGGUCGCCAACGUCACGGCCACGCCGGCUUCCGCUCCAGCUUCUUCCGCAGCCGGCGUUAAUAAUCCGCCUCUGCCGAUUGUUCAAGUACCCUCCGCGGGCAUCGUCAUUAAGCAAGAGCAACAUUACGCGGCAGCUGAUUCCAACAGUUCGACGCCCGCUAAAAGUUUUGUACCAUGCAAGGUUUGCGGCGAUAAAGCCAGCGGCUACCAUUACGGCGUAACCAGCUGCGAGGGUUGUAAAGGCUUCUUUAGGAGGAGCAUACAGAAGCAGAUAGAAUACAGGUGCUUGAGGGACGGCAAGUGUCUCGUCAUCAGAUUAAAUCGAAACCGUUGCCAGUACUGCAGAUUCAAGAAGUGCCUAGCCGUCGGCAUGUCCAGAGACUCUGUGAGAUACGGCAGGGUGCCAAAACGCUCCAGGGAACGCGGCCUCGAGGACACGAUGGCGACGACGAUGACGACGACGACGACGACAACGACGACGACAACGAUGGCGGCCAUGGAAAUGCAGCAACUGACCACGCCCGACACCGGCAACAACAAUGCGAACAACAAAAACAACAACAACAACAACAACAAUAACAAUAACAACAAUAACAACAACAAUACCCAGAGUCAGAAUGCGAUCUCCCGGGUGCCGCCUGCCGCGGUGGUCGAGGCUGAUCAAUCGGACGCUGAUGUGAAACAGUUGGCCGUGUACGAUGUAAUUCAUCAGGUAUCGCAAGCGCAUCAUGCUCACUGCGGCUUUACGGAAGAGUCCACCAGAGGCCUCACGAGAAAACCCAUGAUAAUACCGGCGAGUAAUUCUUCGCAGCCCACCAGCCCAGAGGACCCAGAAGCGGCCUCCUCGACCGCAGAGACAGUCGAGUCGCAGAGAAUCUGGCUGUGGCAGCAAUUCGCCACUAGAGUGACCCCAUCGGUGCAGAGGGUGGUGGAAUUUGCGAAACGAAUGCCAGGAUUUUGCGAGCUUUCGCAGGAUGACCAGCUAAUCCUGAUCAAAGUUGGCUUCUUCGAAGUGUGGCUCUGCCAUAUCUCCAAGAUGACAACCGAUAAUUCGAUGACCUUCGAGGAUGGCACCUACUUCACCCGGCAGCAAUUGGAGUUGAUGUACGAGCCCGAUUUCGUGUCUGCAUUAAUGCAAGUCACGUCGUCGCUGAACGUCCACCAACUGACGGACACCGAGUUGGGACUCUUCUCGGCGGCGGUGCUGCUGAGCGAGCGAUCGGGAUUGAAUGACGUCAAGGCAGUGCAGAGGCUGCAAGAUCGUGUGCUGGAAGCUUUGAGGGUGCAAGCAACUCGGCCACCUUCCGGUGAGAGUUCCGGCAGCUCGGUCACCAGCAUUUCGCAGAGGAUACCCGAGCUACGAGCGCUCGGGGCCAGGCAUGCCAGUCUUCUCGAUUGGUUUCGCAGAAACUGGACGAAGCUCAAGUUACCGCCGCUGUUCGCCGAGAUAUUCGACAUUCCCAAGUGCGAGGAGGACUUGCAAUGAAGAGAGACAUAAGGUGUAACGAGAUAAUUCGAGAUCAGUGGUACCGAUACCUCUCAGUACUGGCAAGAGACCAAGUUGCCCAAGCACUUAUCGAGACUGCUCGGAAUAUCUAGAGAAUCAUUCGUUUUGAUUCAUAGACAGCGAAAUACGAUCACAACAAGAAUCCGAAGGAAUAAAUCUCGAUGAAUAUAAAGAUGAUGAUCUGAAUGAAUGUCAUCCCAAUGAGAAAUGAGAUCAUAUCUCUUACGAAUGAGGAAUGAAGAUAUUGUCUGUAGCAAAAAAUACUAGCAAAUUAAAGAGAAAAGAGUCGACACAUUUUAGUUGCUCGAAGAGAAAUGAGAACUAAAGAGAAAUCUUCGGUUGCAAAAAAUUCACAAAAAGCUCGCCGUGUUAGAAAAUUAAGAAAAAUAAAGAAAAAAAUAUAUAUAUAACACGAGAUUGUUGAUUAAAAUUAAAGCGAGUCCAAAUAGUGAAUUUCCGACGGCGAUCCUUUGAGAUAUUCCCGCUAAUUUACUUCCAGGAUAUUUCGAUCGCUCAAACAAUGACAGAAGAUAAUCGGAAGAGGGCAGAAAAGAGGUUAUAUCUUCAAAAGCCGCGCAAGCAAUAGGACGGAGCUAUCGAGAAGUUUUCGUGCAAGUAAGGAUGGAAGCAGGUUCGCAGGCGCAAUUUGCUCAAACUUUCAACGGAAACGGCUUUGUACUAUUCGCCAGGCAAUACCACACAUAUACAGAACACGCGUGUUUCCGGACGAGUGUGUACUUAAAUAAAAUACUCAAUCGACGAAGAGAGGCAUCUUAUUUCGCACCGCGUCAUGUAACGGGUGGUUAAAUUUUAUUCCAUCGCGACGACAUAAAAUGGACAAGCAAGCACAAACGCAUAAAUCGAGUCAUGAGGUCACGUCUGUUCAUGCUCGAAAAAUUUUACUGUCCUUUUUUUCUUGCGAGUAGGCUACAUGUCUAAAGUUUAUGAAUUUUAAAUAUACACAAUGUGCAGCACUCAUUCGAGCGGCUUAUUUUACUAGAACGGAAAUCGGCCAGAUGAUAUACAGAUAGCAUCACAGCAACAGCAACACCAACUCAACGGACAUAUCAGAAAUUAUAAGAUUAUACGAAGUGUUCCCCCUCUGUAUUAAGCAUUGCCGAAUACGUUCUCGUGUCUCUUGCAGGAAUCGAAAUCGGUGAGAGUAAUAUUUCAAUGUUACAGAUAUACAUAUAUAAUACAGAGAUCGAUUUUAAAACACAUCUCAUAUAUACGCUUUUAUCUCUUUGUUACAUGUUUUAUAAUUAUUUUAUG